AUGGCGUCUCAACCACAAAGCAUGGUCUCUGGACCGCCGCUAAAGAGAAAAGAAAAGGAACUAGUUCGAGAAGUGUUCAACAAACGAGUUCUCGAACUGAAACAUACCUUCAAUGCUCAAGUAGACAAUAUUGCCUUGGAGUUUUCUGGGAACGGAGCUUGCUAUUCACGUAGUCAGAUUCACAGCCAGAUCAUCUAUAACCUUGCCGCACCUACAAAAACACGUAAGCCCAUGCUACUUAAUGCCUGGGCACAUGCCAAGGCUCAGGCAGAUCAUAAGAGAGAACCACUCACAAGCAUAGAACUCCCGGAUAUUCCAUAUUCACAAGAGUACCUUGAAAUCCUUGAUGAUAUCAAUGAGAACAGAAUCACGUACGAAGACAUCGAGAGCCAAAUGACAUCAACAGAGGAACAUUAUGCAAGGAUCCUUCUAGAGGGUGUGUCCGUCAAAAGGGAAAACCGAAUGGUGAAACAGAAAGUCCCCUCACCUGAGUUGUCCAUGGGCCGCAUGACAUUCCACGCUAGAAGUCAGCUAAUCCAAGUUGCAGAGAGAAUUCAUGAAGCGUGUGGUGUCGAGGUGUUGAUCAUGAUGACAAAGGGAAAUAAUGAGGACAUUUUCGCGCCUGUUUUGUGGGGAACACCCAAAGCAAUGGACUUUUGGUGUGGUGUGCUCAAGAUAGAUAUGAUGGAGAACAUACGUCUUAUGGAGGGAUAUUGCAUCAACACUCUGAAGGCUGUUCAUGGGGGGGGUCUUGAAGGCGUCGUCACAAAGUAUCAGGCUCGAGUGGGAGCAUUGCGCUGUGAGGUAGCAGAGUAUGCGAGAACAGGGCUUCGUAAGUGGCAACGUCCCGAUGAAAACUCAGAAUCACGGCUGACGAAAGCAGGUGGAAUUACUGGAAAGCCCCGCCUGUCAAUGGAGUGGUCAUGGGGUCGCAAUCGAUAUGGAGCACUAUCCAGGUGGGAUAUUGCGGAGCCAAAAACUGCGAAUCUUCAGCACCUGCAAGAGGUUGUCGAGGGAUGGAAAACAAAUCGAAUUAAGUGGGUGAGACUUGGUGAAGAAGAGCACAAGGACCGGCGAAAGCAGUUAGCUGAGCUGUCAACGAGCACCCCAGACAAGAAUCAGUCUCCUUCAACUGGUAGUAGCAAUACACCACACACCUUGUCUGUCACUCGCACGGAACGCUUGAGGGUACUUAAUCCUGACCUGACGCUUGUUGCAGUGCUCCAACUUGCACAGGGAAUACCGCAUCAUCGAACGACGCCACCCAAGCGUCGAUCAAUCCAGAGGGUGAAGCCACUGCGCAAACCGGUGCGAUUCGUAACAAUGUUUGGCCUGGUUGACGAGGUUGUGCUGUAUGGGAAGAAAGCGAACGAUGCCCCAGGACCUGAACCCACGGAAAAUGCCCCGAACCGCCUCCACAUCAGAUUAGGGUGA